CUAGUUCUUCCUUUAAAACUUCACUCGGCACAUGCAUUCCCGCAUGGACGUCUGAGAUUUUUGAAUUUCGAGAAGUUUUGAUUAAUUAAUUCCGCGAAAAUGUCAGUUCCGGAUAAAGUUUUGAUGCGAAAAAUAAAGAAGAGAGAAGAGCACAAAUUAAAAAUUAUUCAGGAGCGUGAAGCACAGCGGAAAAACGAUGUUAUCGGGGAGGAGAAUACAGUGCCCGAGCAACCUGUGAACAAGAAGAAAAAAAUUAAUCAGAAGAGGCCGUGUGCUGAGGACACCCCAAUUAAAAAGAAGAAAAAAAAGGUGCAACCAUCUCCUGAAAACCCGGAAAAUCCUCCAGAAGAGGAUGAAGAUUCCAAUACAAACGAAUCAGAAUCACAAGAGAAUAAAGAGAGUGAACCUGCACUCCCCGGCUCCUCAGUUGGUCUUGAUGUAGCCAACAAUCCUGCCUUCUCCUCCCUUAAAGGUAAAGUCUGUGAGCAGACGCUAAAGGGAAUUGAAGACAUGGGCUUCACGAACAUGACAGAGAUCCAAGCCCGUGCGAUUCCCCCUCUCCUAGAGGGACGCGAUUUAGUCGGAGCUGCCAGGACUGGUUCUGGAAAGACCCUGGCCUUCCUCAUCCCAGCAAUUGAACUAGUGAAUAAACUGAAACUCAUGCCUAGAAACGGUACUGGAUGCAUCAUCAUCUCCCCAACUCGAGAAUUGUCGAUGCAGACAUUCGGUGUUCUGAAGGAAUUGAUGAAGUACCACCACCACACGUAUGGGCUCCUGAUGGGGGGUGCAAACAGACAGACAGAGGCUCAGAAGCUCACGAAAGGUGUUAACAUUGUUGUAGCAACACCUGGAAGACUCUUGGAUCAUCUCCAGAAUACCCCUGACUUCCUGUUCAAAAACCUGAACUGCUUGAUCAUUGACGAAGCUGAUCGUAUCUUGGACGUGGGUUUCGAGGAAGAAUUGAAGCAGAUUAUCAAUCUUCUUCCCAAGAGGAGGCAGACAAUGCUAUUCAGUGCUACGCAAACGAAGAAGAUCGAGGCUCUGACCACUCUGGCUGUCAAAAAGGAGCCCGUUUACGUUGGGGUUGAUGAUGAGAAGGAAAAGGCGACCGUGGAGGGAUUGGAGCAAGGCUAUGUCGUCUGUCCAAGUGAGAAGAGGUUUCUCCUGUUAUUUACAUUCCUCAAGAAAAAUCGGAAUAAAAAAGUCAUGGUGUUCUUCUCAUCUUGUAUGUCUGUUAAAUAUCAUCACGAACUGUUGAAUUACAUUGAUCUGCCCGUGAUGAGUAUUCAUGGAAAGCAAAAGCAGACGAAACGCACUACCACUUUUUUCCAGUUUUGUAAUGCUACGUCUGGGAUUUUAUUAUGCACUGAUGUGGCUGCUAGGGGGCUCGAUAUUCCCGAUGUUGACUGGAUUGUCCAGUUGGAUCCUCCAGAUGAUCCUAAGGAAUACAUCCACAGAGUUGGUAGAACAGCUCGUGGUGAAGGAAGCAGUGGGCACGCCCUCCUGAUCCUCCGACCGGAGGAACUUGGUUUCUUGCGGUACCUAAAACAAGCGCGUGUGCCUGUCAACGAAUUUGAGUUCUCAUGGAAGAAAAUAGCUGACAUCCAACUGCAGCUGGAGAAAUUAGUAUCGAAGAACUACUUCCUGAACCUGUCAGCAAAGGAGGCAUUCAAAGCGUACGUCCGUGCCUACGAUUCCCAUCACUUGAAACACAUAUUCGACGUUGAAACCCUGGAUCUCAUCCAAGUUGGCAAAUCGUUUGGAUUUACAGUACCACCUGCAGUUGAUCUGAAAGUGGGAGUCAGUAAGAACUCGAGACCUCGAAAACGUCUCGGUGGAGGUGGUUACGGAUACUUCAAAAAUAUGAACAACAGUAGCGGUGGAAAGCAGAUUGAGAGGACCAAGCAUUUUCGACAGGUGGGAAAAGGAAGGAAUGAUCAACGACAAUUCUCGAGAUAAUCUAUAAUAAUGGCAGCGCAUUCAUGAAUAGUUUUAUCUUACUUGAUUCACUGGCUACAUUGGUAUGCAAAAUAAUGUAUAUCUAUUAUUCAAUGUACAGUAUCAUUGUGCAAUCGUGCAUAAUGGAAUGAGACAAAUUGAAACGUGUAUUUUUCAGAUAAAGAGUACUUGUUUUUGUGAGUAAAUAAUGCUUCAUUGACGGUCCAACUACACCUGUAGGUGAACUAUCCUCACAAUUAUAAAAAAAAACUCCAUAAAA